AUGCCUUUGCCUUUUCUUAGCACGUUUACUGGCACUCUGUUUUUAGAUCCCAUUCCUGCUAACGCCCAUCGUCAUACUCUGUUUUUUGCCAAUCGAGAGGUGCUUCCCUCAUAUCAUGUUCAGCUUCAUGAUAUGAUUGAAGUUGGACUUGAUGUGCGUCCCUUCAUUCAAAAUCUCGGAUGGACCUUUCUGUUGGAUCAUCCUUUUUCCUCUGUCAUUUGUCCUGAUGCUGUGCGCUUUUUUUACUCCAAUCUUCGUUUUACUCAGCUCAGCUCUCGCUUUUUGACCACCCUGGUUUUUGGCAAUCUCCUCACUAUUCCUGUGGUUGAAGUUGAGCGUUCUCUUUAUAUCCCUGCCAUUGGUGAGAAUCUUGCUGAUGCCUCUGAGCUGGCUCUUUUCAAUUUUGAUAUCUCAGCUGAGUUCCGCCAGCUUACAGGGCAAUUUCCUGGUCCUAACCUUUCCUUGCCUGUCUCAGCUCUUCUGCCCUCCCUUCGAGCUCUUCAUUUUUAUAUAUCUCGUGUGUUUUUGCCUCGUUCUGGUGACUUCAACCUGAUUACCCCUGUGGAGCUUUGGGUUCUGGUUCACGCAGCUCAUGGUGUGCCUCUCAGUUAUGCUGACCUCUUCUUUGGUCAUGCUAUAUCCUAUUGCGAUGUGAAUGUCACUUCACCCCUUCCCUUUGGACCUCUCAUUACCACCUUUCUUUCGCGCAUUCGUGUCAAUAUCCAGCCCUUCCGAUCCAUCACUCCUUCUGUCUAUCUUACUGCCGACGAUGUCAUGGAUCUCCUCGAAAUAGCAGUUGAGGGGGAGAAUGGUGAUGGACACGUUGUUGUUCUUAGCAGCAGCAGUGAUUCUGAUGAUGGUAAUGGUGGUGAUGUCCCAGAACUGGCUCCUUUUGCAGCAGCCCUUCAAGCUCUUUAUGGCUCUGAUUCUGAUGGUGAAGGGGCUCAAUCUCAGGGGGAGGAGUAG